CAUUUUCAUUCACUUCUGCUUGUCAUUCUAAUUUAUCAGAGUUUAUUUGUCUCUGUUUGUCCUCACUUCUGGAAAUUAUCUAAAAAAAGUUUGAAACAAUCGAAUAAGUAGUAAACUUUUUCUCAAAUAAUAAUUUCUGAGUUAAAUUCAUAUUUCUAAUGUUAUUACAGAUCAAUAAGUAACAAUGUCAGCUGUAAAUGCAGCGCCAAUUACGGCCACUGAUAGCCUGUCACAAGCGUUAAAAGCUAACAUUAUUCCAAAUCAGGAAUAUUUACUUCAGGGUUCGGUGCUAGACUCGGCAGUGGAAGUGUUACUACAUCGUCUUCGUGGUCUGUGUGAUAAUGUAGAUGCCGGUCCUGAGACGUUCGAUGAUCAAGAAGUAUGCUUUAGUUUACGAGACCCUAACCAACAGGCGGCUCCACUUAUGCUUCGUGUUCGCAAAGCUUUAGAUGCCCGUGACAUGCCAUAUCAACUUCGAUAUAUUGGUCAACCAGACUUGGGAGAUAAGAACAGACCCACAGUAGUGCGUUCUAGCUUAGAUAUCGCCUGCAGUGGGAUGUUAAUAGAAUUCCUCAAUGAACUUGGCUGCAGGAUAGAAUUUGAAUACAGUGUUAAAGGUUAUAUGUUCCGUAAAGGCCGUAUGAAGAUAACUGUUGCAAAAGUGUUCAAGAUUCCACAGAGUUCCAUGCCACCUGAGCCAAUAUCUCAGAGCUAUUUAGUGGAGCUGUCUGUGUUGGCUCCGCAAGGUCAAGAUGCCAUCGGUGAAGACAUGCGCGCUUUCGCCGAUCAACUCCGGCCACUGGUGCAACUUGACAAGAUUGACUACAAACGGCUCGGCCACAUGGCUGUCACAUAGCCCAUAUUUCCUACUUAGACCACACUUCAUCCAAAUUUUGGAUAAUAAGUGUGGUUUUAAGUGAAGUAUAGAGACAAUAUUCAAUGGAACUGAUCACUACAAAAAGGUUAUUUUUAUCAUAUAUGUAGUCAUUUAUAAACAGCUAGGGAUAUCUGUGUAAGUGUCUAGUUUGUGUAUAAAAGUUCUGUCUACUUCUGGUGUUACUGUCUGAAAAACAUGGCAGUGUACUGUUUGAAAUACAUAUUACUGUGAAUUGAUAUCUUAUGUCUUGAGUGUAGUGCGGCCCUGAAGAGUGAUAUAUAAUUUUAAAAAGUUAUUUGUGUGACUUGUUUAUAAGUAUUUGUGGAUACCAUCAGAUAAUGGUUUGCUUAUCUCAUAAUUCUGUUGUUAUGUAUAUAAAUGUAAUAAUUCGCACUCUUAAUGAAAUAAUGACCUAUUUCAAAAUUGUUAAUUUGUGGCAGUUGUCGGAAAACUAAUUUUUGUUUGCUACCUUUUUUUUGAAGUUGCUAUAAAAUUGAGCUUAUUAAAGAUAGGUAAAAAAUUAUACCUACAGCAUGAAAAAAAAGGGAAAAAACUAAAAGGUCGCAAACAGAAAUUGGUUGUUUGAUAAUUCCCACAAAUUGGCAAAUUUGGAAUGGGUCAUUAUUUUAUUAAGAGUGCGAUAUAUAAUUGUAAUAAAAUAUAAGCGUAGUUAUUCAAAGUAAGUCUGUUUAAAUAUAUAAUACACAUGAACAUUGUGAAUACAAGUACUUAUACACACAGUUAUUUACCUUGUCAAGAAACCGUAAGGCGAAUAAAUAUACUUCAUUACUUACCUA